GUCCUGUCAGUAUGAAGCGUAGUGUGAUCAAAAGAAGAAAACGAAUUAUCGUAGCACAAGGCAGUGAUGAAGAAGGCAUGGAAGAAGAUGAUGAUAGCUAUUCUACUCAGUCUACUCCACCUCCACCACCUUCUUCUUCUUCUUCUAUUGCACCACAAACAACAGUAGCAUCUUCUUCCCUUUCUUCUUCUUCUUCUUCUAUGGCAAAUAUGAUGCAAUCUGAUAGGCCCGUACCAGAAAUAGAAGAUUAUGUGGUACUGAAAAAGAAAAGAGUAACAACUGAUUCACCCAUUUUAUCUGAUAAGAUCCUUAAUCCAUUGCUGUCUAAACCCUAUUCAGAUCAACAACAAAGCUUUUUACCUCCUAUUUCUUCUGAACGCCAAUCCUAUCGACUCGAGUCUUUAUUUGGUCGUCAAGAAUCCAAUCAAUUACCUUCUUUAUCUCUGCCUCCUUUAACGCCACCUUCUUCUCAACAACCUAAACAAAUGAUGGUUCAACCCUCUCCUCCUCCUCCUCCACCAGCACCAGCACCAGUACCAACAACAAAACCACAACCAAAAACAUAUGAACUGGCUGAUUUUGAUCAUGCAUUGGAUCGAUUAGAACACUUGAGAAGACAAGUGAGACCAGAACAAGCCUAUGCUCUUUCUCAAUUGACCCAUUCAUUGACUGAUUUAGCUUCAAAAGCAGAAGCCAUUUUAUCUUUGGAUUCUUUAGCUUAUGGUCGUUAAUAUAUCCCCCACACA